UUAUCUGUCUCCUUCUGUCUCCCUCUCUCUUUAUCUGUCUCUAUCUGGCUCCUUCUGUCUCUAUCUGGCUCCCUCUGUCUUCAUUUAUCUUCUUCUGUCUCCCUCUGUCUUUAUCUGUCUCCCUUUGUCUCUAUCUGGCUCCCUCUGUCUUCAUUUAUCUUCUUCUGUCUCCUUCUGUCUUUAUCUGUCUCCCUCCAUCUUUAUCUGUCUCCCUCCGUCUUUAUCUGUCUCCCUCUGUCUUUAUCUGUCUCCCUCCGUCUUGAUCUGUCUCCGUCUGUCUUUAUCUGUCUCCAUCUGUCUUUAUCUGUCUCCCUCUGUCUUUAUCUGUCUCUAUCUGGCUCCCUCUGUCUCUAUCUGUCUCCCUCCGUCUUUAUCUGUCUCCAUCUGUCUUUAUCCGGCUCCCUCUGGCUCCCUCUGUCUCUAUCUGGCUCCCUCUGUCUUCAUUUAUCUCCUUCUGUCUCCCUCUGUCUUCAUCUGUCUCCCUCCGUCUUUAUCUGUCUCUAUCUGGCUCCCUCUGUCUUCAUUUAUCUUCUUCUGUCUCCCUCUGUCUUUAUCUUUCUCCCUCCGUCUUUAUCUGUCUCCCUGCUUCUUUAUCUGUCUCCGUCUGUCUUUAUCUGUCUCCGUCUGGCUCCCUCUGUUUCCAUUUAUCUCCCUCUGUCUUCUUUUGUCUCCCCCUGUGUCCUUCUGUCUCUAUCUGUCUCCCUCUGCAUCCCUCUUUUCUCAGGUGGACAUUACAGUCAGGUGUGCAGAAUGCGGCGGCUGAUGGUUCUGGUGAAUCCUCUGAGUGGGAAAGGUCAGGCCAUGGCUCUUUACACAGGCCCUAUUCACCGCAUGCUGACCGAGGCGGCUGUCCCUCACACACUCAUCACCACAGAUUAUCAGAAUCAUGCUCGGGAGCUGGUGCGGAAUGCUGACCUCUCUCAGUGGAGUGCGAUCGUCAUUCUGUCAGGGGACGGGCUGCUGUUUGAGGUAAUCAACGGUUUGAUGGAGAGAGAGGACUGGGAGGAAGCCAUACAAACUCCGCUGGGUAUCCUGCCUGGAGGCUCUGGAAACGCUGUGGCUGCAUCAGUUCACCACUACACAGAGGCAGGUGCAGUGUUUGGUGAGGACUUGCUGCUGAGCUGUGGUUUCGUGCUGUGUAAGGGUCUGGUGUGUCCGAUGGAUCUGCUGUCUGUACGGCUGUCCUCUGGCCCCCGGCUCUUCUCCUUCCUCUCUCUAGCCUGGGGCUUUGUGGCUGAUGUGGACAUUGAGAGUGAGAAGUAUCGUCCCGUGGGGGCUGUGCGCUUCCUGGUGGGAGCCCUGGUCCGUCUGGCAUCUUUACGUUCUUAUCAGGGCAGGUUAUCCUUUCUGCUGGCAGCAGACGAGUCUAGCUCGGUGACAGCCACCACCAAUCCUUCUUCCCUUCCCGGAUCCACCUUCUGCUCCUCACGGGAACAACACAGCCUCCAGAGAGAUCCAGCUACAAGAAUUGACCCAAAGGAACAUGGGCCUGUUGAUGACCUCAUGACCCCCCUCGGAGAGCCAGUACCCACAGACUGGACAGUAGUGGAAGAAAGAGACUUCGUCCUGGUUCUGGCCAUGUGUCACUCUCACCUGGCCGAGGACCUGAUGGUGGCGCCGGACGCUCGUCCAGAUGACGGCCACAUUCAUCUCUUCUAUGUGACUGCGGGCGUGUCGCGCCCGGCUCUGCUCAGGCUAUUCCUGGCUAUGGAGAAGGGGACGCAUCUUACUGGGGAAAGCCCACACCUGGUGUACCGCCGGGUCAGGGCACUGAGGCUGGAACCGGUCACGCGGCCUGGGGUCAUCACUGUGGAUGGGGAACAGGUGGAAUACGGACCUGUCCAGGCGCAGGUGCACAGGGGAUGUGCAAGGAUCAUCUCAGGAUGACCUCUGAACAAGGGCUGGGCAACAAAAAAUAAUAAUGAUCAUAAUUGUAUUGAUAAGGAAAUUUUCAAUUUCCUUCUUGAAAUGAUUGUCAUUCUGCUUCUCACUUGAAUCUUCACUGUUUCAUUACACAAGGAGGUGAUGUACAACAUUUACUGACUAGAUAGAUAGGGAUAGUAAUAAUAAUUAUUGAACAAUAUAUAAAUAAAAAUAUAUUGAGUUCCAUAUAUUUCAGUUUUUCAAAUAUGAAUAUACAAAUUCAUUCAUAGUUUUACAAACUUCUUCCUCUUUAGCAGUUUUUCUUAACAGUAAUUUAGAUUAUAACCUUCUCAAAACUGUGUGUCAGACAUCAGGCAAUGUAUUCAUAAACAUCUGGUGUAAUAACUUUCUUAUAAGGGGAAAAAUUUAGACAUCCAGUUUGACUAUUUCCACCUAAACAGUUUGAGAGCAUCACACGAGGUGACUUUGUUUAAAUCCCCAAAAAAUGAUAAGCAGAAAUUCUUAUUUAUGGUUUUAAGAUCUGGACUGCGGAGUUCCUGUCCAUUCAGAUCACCUGUUUUUCACUGCAUGGUAGUUUUCUGUGCCUGGAUUCUGGCCAUCAGUCCCAAGAACCUCUUUAAAUACCUCUUUAAUGACCACAGCACAAUUUUAGGAGCUGCUUUUGUGAGUAAGAUAAAAAACAACAGGGAUCUUUACUAGCUGCAGCUGUGAUAAGUCUCUUUGGCUAAUCUGCACUCUGCAAGGUUUACACGUCAUGUUUUAGUCCCUAUUCGGCAUACUUGUCACCAUAAGAGAGUUUUGAGGUUACAGGUACAAAAUAUGCUUAAUUGAAAAGGCCAAGUUUUAGUAGGUCUGUUAGAGUAGAGAUAUACUUGCCAUUAACUAUGCGUAGUAGACAUGAUGACUGCCUAUUUCCACAAAAAAUACAAGCUCAGCACGUACACAAGCAAGUAUAUCUCUAGCCUUAGGGUAAGGAAAUCAGAAAAUUGGGCUGAAUUUUGCCCUCCCAUUGUCCAGCCCUGGUUUAGAUGUAGAUACCAUUCAAUGAAAACUUUACAACAACUACUUGGCUUAUAAAUGCAGUCUUUCUCUGGGCAAAUCCAAAACCCUGGUCUUCUGAACCUGACUGAACACGACGCCCUGAAAUUCGGUGUAAAAGUUUGAAGGCUGUGCACAUUAGGUAGUAUUCUUUUUACUGUUCAGAUGAUUUCUAAGGUUUUAUUUGUCUUAUUUGAUCCACCCCCUGGUUUCUGGUUAGAUGUCAGAUGGUCUUGCUGGUCUGGCUGCCGGGUGUGUGCUGCUGAGUGUGUGUGUGUGUGUGAGUGUAAGGGCCCUAUAGGAGUGCAUUAUGCACUGAGCUGUCUGAAUGGAUAAGUGUGACAUGUGCUAAGAGAGCAGAAGCUCUGUGUGUGUGUGUGUGUGUGUGUGUGUGUGUGUGUCCUGAGAGAAACACACGCUAUGUGGCUGGCGUGAGGGCGAGAGGUACUGCUCCAUGACAGUGUUACUCACCAGCUGUAGCAUUUGUGUAAAUUCCCAGAGGGGAGAAGUCUUUUACUACGUUGGAACUGACAGAAUUAUCAGCUCUGAAUGUUUCAUUUUAAUGCAGGGCAUCCUGCUGACUGUUAUCCACUGCGAAACUCAUUCUGAAUUUUGUGUAACAGCACUUAUCCCACGCUGAGAGUACAUGGGCAGCUAAUGCUAAUAGCUUACGAGUUUAUUCCUGUGCGUUUUGGAUGUUUUAGCCAGCUGUGUACUCAGUGAGCAGUUGGCAUGUGCAGUACUGGUACGGGGUUUUGUAGCAAACAGUGCGCUCCCUUCGUGGAGUCGAAAAAACUGACCUGUGACCUCACUCUUCCUCUCUCUCAUUCUUUUUUCCCUCUUGUUCUCAUCCUCUGUUCCUUCCUCACCGCAGUGUGAAUAUUGUAUAUGGAGGUUUGAUUUAAUGCAGGAGAACAUGCUAAGGCUGUCAGAGCCGCUAAGCUUCACUGAGCUUUUGCGUGAAUAACCCUGUGUUGCCCAGUGGUUGGUUCCCUUAUAGCAAAGAGAAUAGAACAAACCGUUUUUUGGUUGCAUAAAAUCUUUAAAUGUUGAUGGAAAAAAACACCUUUAUUUAACACCCUCGAAUAGGCAUUUGUUAGUGUUGAAAUUCUGACAUUGAGUCAGUGUUUAUUUAAAGGGUUUGAAAAAAGGGUUAUGAUUGGACUGAAGCUCUUCUUUACUCACAAUGCUAAGGCAAAAUGAGUGUAGUUUGUGACUACUUUGAAAACCAUAAGAUUGGCAGCCACUCGAAGUGUAAUGAAGUACUUUGACGUGAUACAUUGUGGUGGAAAAAUGGCACAAUAUGCAUUGUGGGGAUUUUACAAUAUGAGUAUAUUAGGUGAGAGAAUCACAGGGUAUCUCCCGAGGCAAUAUUAUCACUAUACGUUGCCCAUGAAAACGAUGAUAUCACCAUACCAUGAUUCUGUGAUACUCAAUACUUCUAAAUAAGCAAGCACCAAAAAUUAUGGAUUUAUUGGUGCCAGUUUCACACAAUUUGACAAGCGGUGGUUGGUGUGGUGCAUUGGAAAACACCACUACCUGCCAGUGAGCUAACUACCAGUUUGUGUGGAAGACUGCGGUUCAAUUCCCAUCCUGGGUGACUGAAUGCUGCGCUACACCAAUAAGAGUCCUUGGGCAAGACUCCUAACACUACUUUGGCACAACUCUAUAAUAUAAAUAACCUUGUAGGUCGAUCUGGGUGAGAUCGUCAGCUAAAUGACGUAAAUGUAAUGUAAACUCUUCACCACAGGUUUUCACCACAAGUGUAAUUGGGGGGUGAGUCUUAGGGAGUUUAGAGCUUGUUGAGUAUGUUUCAAUAACAAUAUCCAAAUUUGAGGCCACGUAUAUCAACAUAUGAAUAUUUCAUCCAACCCCAGUGUUUAUUAUGAAAUCUUAUGUAGUUUCAUUGUUUGAACACCUGAGGUUGCAACUGGAUAUGUUAAGGAUUUUAGACCUAAGCCAACCGCGUUUUUAUGUCGGUUCAUUUUUAUCAAGCCAAUCAACAUCCAGAGUUAGCUGGCAUGGGUGUGGUCAGUGGAUCCUCCCAUCCUCUGCUGUGAAGUGCAGAGGUGAAGGACGUCUUGUUCCCCUGCAGUACCAUUCCGAACAUCAGCCACCCCCACCUCUCACCAGCUAAAUGAACAACAUAAUAUAUAAUGUGUAAUACAAUGCGUACAUAUGUUCAUCCUGUGUGUGACGUGAAGUGUGAAAACCACAGCAUCCUUAGCAAAAAAUUCUUCUGUUCAUAAUUCAUACUGAUUGUAAUGUUAGUUUAGAAUUAACUAUGCAUAAAACCCAUCGACAAGACGUGUGGGAUUUCUAUAAGACAAUCUGAUGAAGCAUGAAAACAGCCAUGCACUGCAACAAAAAAUGAUAUCUUAGCAAGCCAAAUCAUACUAAAUUAGUUUAUCAUUGUCAGAAUAUUAUUGUAAGAUUGUAUUGUAUUGAACAUAAGUCAUUUUAUGUAGUCAAUUGUGUAAAGAAGUGUCUCAAGAAAUAAGAACUAUUUAACUUUUGACUCCUUGCCAAUGUUAUGUAUUAUAUUAUACUUGGUGUAUACAUUUUAAGAUGAUGCCAAGAUUACAUUUUUUUGCAAUGUACACAUAAAAGAGUAGUUUCAGCGUGUACCUUCUACAGUAUACAUUAUACCACAGUUUGUUAAGACCCUGCAGUGUGACGGUAAUACACUGUAACUAAAGCUCUCCGUGUAUUACUCCACCUCAUACAGGUAACCUAGCAACCUAAUGUGCAGCGCUUACAAGCCAAACAGCGCAGCUACAAGCAGAGCAGCAAUGGAACUAUUUUAACUCAUAGAGUUUUUAUAACCAAACAGAUUGAAUUUCUCGUCCUCUUCAACUCUAAAUCUUUUAAUAAACAGUGAUAACAGAACUGUGGUAUAAUCGCAAUAAUACACGCGAGGUUCAUGCUGUAACGUGUAAUAUUGGAACUGCUGUGCUGAGUGCCAAAGACCAGCGCAGCAGUGCAAAUAUUACACAUUAUAGCACAAACCUCGAGUGUAUUAUUGCUUAGUUAUAGAGUUCAUCUAUUUAGGCAAUCUUAACAGUCAGUCUGGUAAUAUGACAGUUAUUUAUUUUUUUAUUUGCUGUAAAACAUGCACAAAAUACAAAAUCCGUAGACUUAAGCUGUAGUGACGUCAGUCACAAGUUAUUCGCUUUUGCAUUAGGCACUGUAACACGCAAUCAUCCCUCAAGUGGAUUAAAGGUAUAUUUUAAUAUUAAAGGUAAAUGAAAUCCAGGAGGUUUACAACAUGCAUUAAGACUCUUAGCUCGAACACUAAGCUGCCCCUGAAAAAGAGCACAAUUCUUCUGACAGAUCCUCAAAGCACACAGCACAUGUAUAUUUGAAGCAUACAGAGCAGUUUUGUCUAAGCUCUUAUUUAUAUGGCUGACAGCCUGCUCUUCAGAGCUCUUUUUCAAUCAAUAUUAAUCAAAUUUCAUGUAGAGCACUGACAGUCUGAAAGAUCCCAAACCAUAAAAAGCCGAGCAUUAGACUGUGGCGCCCUCUGAUGGACAAACAAUCAAGUUAAUAAAAAAAAAUACAUGGAAAUGAUAACAGAUGAGACUUAUUGUAAAUAUUUAUACAUAUGGGUGCUACUGUAACAAUUUCUGUUUUGUCUUUUUCUGUAAGCCCGAGGUCACUCGGGUCAUGCUGGUGAGUUCUAACACCAUUACAAAGGUACGACUGUAUUAAACAAGAAGAAGGGCUUUGUGAUGAUGUGUAUUAACUUGUGUGUGUAAUUAAGAGACCUAUAUUAAGGAUAUCUUUAUUUUUCUAUAUGUGUUGGCUCAUAAUUCUUUUAUUUUUAACUGACAAUGCUGUAACAGAUGUUAAAUUUAAUAAAAUCUAACAGAAUUACACC